AUGGGCGCCGGCGCAAGUACCCCAUCUGCUGCUGCAGAACCCCCUGCAGCGACUGCAACUUGCCCUGUCGAUCACAAGACCCGUGAGGUCUGGUUACAACAGAACGGCAACGCGCCCCAUCCCCCGUCCUCGCCCGACCAGUCUCAAGCCUCGACGAAACACCAACGACCAUUAUCAACAGAUCGAGAAAUUAGCACAAUCCCGCGGGCCGGUGACCAGAAAGAAGAAAAAGCCUGCCCCGAGGGAAAUAAGAAACCUCCAUCUCCAUACGAAGCCGCAAAUGCCGCGUCGCAUGGCUUGCCUUCCAAUGCCGAAUCCGAGACUGGCCAUGAUGAGGCUAGCGGUAACUGGAUAUAUCCUUCCGAGAAGCAGUUCUUCGAGGCCCUGAUGCGUAAGGGCAAUACGCCUGGAUCUACGGCCUCGGCCUCCGAAUUGGCGACCUCCGUCGCGUCGAUUAUUCCCAUUCACAACGCUGUCAAUGAACGUGCUUGGAAACAGAUUCUUGACUGGGAAGGCAAAGUCCCGUCCUCCGAUCCGGGCAGCAAGAAGUGCGGUGGACCUAAGCUAUAUUCAUUCCGUGGACUUGGAGUCGAUCCUCAAUUCUUGAGCCCCAGGGCUCGAUUUAACGGAAUCCUCGGAUAUCAAUUGCCCUUCGAUCGUCACGACUGGGUUGUUGAGCGCUGCGAUGGAGAGCGCAUUGAAUAUGUCAUUGAUUUCUACCAAGGGAAAACUACGGGCAGCAAUGGUAACCCGGCCGGGUUGGCUGGAAACGCUGGCCCUGGAAAGCUGAGCUUCUAUCUGGACGUUCGACCUAAGUUGAACAGCUAUGAAGGUUGGAAAAUGAGAUUCUGUCAGUAUGUGGGGCUCUGA